AUGGGUAGUAUCGCUUCUUGGAACAUUAGGGGGUUGAACCGCUCCCUCAAACAGAAGGAGGUUCGUCAAAUAGUUGUGGAUAAUCAUGUUCAAGUAUGUGCCAUUAUGGAGACCCAUGUCGACACAUUAAAUGUUCCAAAGGUCUGCCAGAAAGUGUUUAGCUCGUGGAUGUGGAACUCAAAUGCUAGUUGUUGUUUAAAAGGAACUCGGAUCAUGAUUGGAUGGGAUCCGAAUAUGGCUGAUGUUAUGGUCCUCUCGCAAACUGACCAGGUGAUUCAUACUCAAGUAAUGUUUAAACUUGAUAGAAAAUCCUUAUUUUGCACGUUUGUUUAUGCGGAUAACAAUUAUAGAAAUCGAAGGGAUUUAUGGAACAAUUUGUGUACUCAUAGCUCUUUCAUGAAAGACAAGCCGUGGGUAAUUAUGGGAGAUUUUAAUGCCUCUUUAUCCCAUGAUGAUUCGAGUUCUGGUUCAUCUAGUUAUAGUAUUGGAACCCGUGAAUUUAGAGAGUGUGUCAACUCUAUUGAUGUGUUCGAUGUUAAUAGCACAGGGGUUCAUUACACAUGGUCGAACAACCAACUCAGGGGGGGUAUUAUUUUUAAAAAAUUGGACCGAAUUAUGAGCAAUAUUAAUCUGGUUGCUGAGUUUCCCAACGCUGGAGCUUAUUUCCACCCGUUUCGGGUUUCUGACCAUGCUCCUUGCAUUUUGAAAUUACCAAAUGUUGCGAGAGAAAAACCAAGGCCAUUUAAAUUUGUAAAUCUAAUUGCUGAAAAGCAUGGUUUUCUAGAAGCUAUUAAGCAGAUCUGGGGGAAAGAGAUUACAGGUUUUCGUAUGUACCAGGUUGUUAUGAAGCUGAAGCUUCUUAAAACUCCAUUACGGAAGCUCUUUUGUCAACAAGGGAAUUUGCAUGAGAAUGUAAAGAAGGCGAGGAAGGAACUUGAUGAAUGUCAGCUUGUUAUGGAUCAGGAUCCGGCAAAUGUGGAGGUUCUAGCGAAGCAUAGUAUCCUUCUUAAAAAUUAUAAAGAGGCCAUUCAUGACGAAGCUACGUUUUUACAACAAAAAUCGAAAGUUGAUUGGUUAACACUUGGGGACUCUAACACCAAAUACUUUCAUAAUGUUGUGAAAGCCAAAAAUCAUCGAAGCCGAAUAUUGUUAAUUCGUGAUGCGAACGGGAUCCUGCAUGAAGGGGGGGCAGCGGCGAUUGCUUUGGUUAAUCAUUACUCGAACUUUUUCGGGAGUGUGGGUCACGUUGUGUGCAGGCCUAAUAUGAACUUAUUCAGGAAUAAGUUACCGAUAAUGAAAGCAAAUAAUAUGGUCCGUGCAGUAACUGACGAUGAAAUAAAGGAUGCUAUGUUCUCAAUUGCUGGAAAUAAGGCUCCUGGUCCGGAUGGUAUACAUCGGUGUUUUUUAAAAAAGCGUGGGAUGUGGUUGGGAAAGAUAUCUGUUUAG